AUGUUGGAGCUUUUUGCCUCACAUGGAGUGCAAGCUUUGCUAGAUCUUCGGCCCAAGAUGCUCUUUUCAAGCGGACAUCCCUGGACACGCCGGGCCCUGGCUCGCCUCUGUUCCGUCUGCGGCGUUCAGCUCGAGAGGCGCAGCGAGCCAUCGCUCCUGGCUGCCCUGCGGUUCUCGAAGCCGCCGGCAGCGCUGCUCUUUGCCGAGUCCGACCCCCGAAACGCCUGGCGGCGAGAGCUCAGUGAUGAGGUGUUUCGUGCAGGCUGGCAGGUCCUUCAUGUGACCGCGAAAUUCGGCGAGUUGAUGGUGACGCCGCACCAGGAGUUGUUCUCGCACGCCGGCAAUGCCAUCACUUGGCCGCCCACUGCAGCUGCGGUGCCCGAGCUUCAGAAGCUUCAGUGGCCUGUUUCGGACAUCCAUUCAAGGCUGGCGGAAGGGAGGCCCUACCUUUUCCUCUUGCCCUGGGAUACGGAGCUCCUUUGGUGCCCGCGCUGGCUGGACCUGCCGGAGGCUGACCGGCUCCUCCGGACCAUCCAGGAGAAGGUCGUCUUCCAACAGCCCGUGCUGCGAUUCAGCCGUGGCCUCCGAACCAUCGAGGCGCAGCAGCCUCGGCGAUCGGCCUGGGUCUCCGACCAGUUCAACAGCCGUGAGCAUCUCGCUCGGCUGCAGGCCGAAGGGCAUGCCCUGGCAGAAGCUGUGCUAGAAGCUCACCCACUAGAGGCCUGGAGUAAGGCCGUGUUCGCGCGGGCGGAGGCCACGUCAUCUUGCCAGUUCAAUGCGCUGCUUCUCCACAGCUACGACCAUGGGGGACACUCCAUGGGCUUUCACAGCGAUUCGGACCUCGGCCUGGGCGAUGCAGCCGCGAUCGCCUCCUUCUCCUUGGGCGCGACGAGGACGUUCUCCUUGCGAAGCCAGGUGCCGUGGAAUGGGCGGCGCAUUGAGAUCCAGGUUCCCAUGCACCACGGCAGCUUCCUGGCCAUGGGCCCCGGGUUCCAGGGCCGGUGGCUGCAUGCCGUCCUGAAGGAGCCGGACGUGGCGGAGCUUCGCGUGAACGGCACCCUGCGCUUCUACGACCUUCCGCAAGGUGUUGCGCAAGCAGCGGUGGAGCUUCGCUGCCACAGACGGCCA